UUUACAUUUCUUAUGAAUUCUUGUUAAUUAUGAUGUCAAUGAUAUCUGUGUAUACUUUCUAAUAUUGAUGAGUAAAUAUUCUUUUGUACUUUCUCAUCAUAACAAAUUCCUUCAAGAUAACCGAUUUAUUAUAAAUACGCAUAUUGUUAGAGAUAAGAUUACUCUAUACUAUGCUGUACAACCUACAACAUCUCAAUAAAUAAUUUUUGAAGUGGUUCGUCGCUUAUUUUAUCUAAUUUGUAUAAAUUUGGAAUGAAAUCCAAGUGGGCUUUGUGGAUCAUACAGAAUUCUUUUACCGUAGUAUAAAAAGAGAAAGAGAGACCAAUGAAAUGGAAUGUGAUAUGAACAGCAAGACAUUCCUGAAGGUAGAAGUUGAUGAGCGGGAGGAAUCAGAAAUGGAAACUGAAAAACACCCAAUCAUUCAUGAUAAGGGUGACAAAUACAUGGAUGUGGCACCUACAACAGUUUUUGAGAGUGUCAAAAAUGAAGAGAACGACUGGGAUGUCUGUGGUGUAGGUAAUCUAAGUGCCCCUGAGCUGAAGCUAGAAAUAAAUGAUUCUAUUCUGAGAAGGGUGGGAGGCGAAUUUGAAGAAAAUAUUUUAACACAUCCAGAGAAUCCUUCAAAGCAUAGGUACACGAUUACUUGCAUUCAUUGCAAUGCAACAUUUGACAGUAAAGUCACUGUGGAUGAUCAUGUAGCAAAAAUUCACCCAGAAUUUACGACGUCAAAUAGCAAUAACAUAUAUGAGUGUACAACUUGCGUUUAUAUAACGACCGAAAAGGAUAACUUUGACAGACAUACGAAACUGCAUCUGGAGACUGUGUCAAACGAUAACUUUAAAAGAUGUGUUCACUGCGAUACAACAUUCAAAGGGACGUCAUCAAUGAAUGAGCAUAUAGUUAGAAAACAUCCAGAGUUUAUUGCGUCAGUCACUGUCAAAGUAUAUGAAUGCACAGUAUGUACUUAUAAAACCACCAAAAAACCUAAUUUUUAUAGGCACAUGUCGGUACAUCCUGAGAUAGAUAUAAGCAAUACAUUGCAAAAAUGCAAUCACUGUGACGCUAAAUUCAAAAAUAAAUUUUUAGUGGACGAACAUAUAAUUAAGGCACAUCCAGAAUUUAUAAUGUAUAGCAAAAUCUAUGAAUGCACGAGCUGCUCUUAUAAAACUACUAUAAACAGUUGUUAUAAAAAACAUAUUUUAACGCAUUUAACCUAUAAAUGCACAGCAUGUACUUAUAAAACUAAUGUAAAAACUGCUUUAGAUAGCCACAUGCUACAACAUCCGCAAAUUUCAAAUCAUAAAGACGUCAAAUGCGUUCACUGUGGCGCAGCUUUCAAAAGGAAAGUAUCAUUAGACGAUCAUAUAAUUAGACUACAUCCAGAAUUUAUCGAAUCAGUUACUAGUAAACUGCAUACGUGUACAAACUGUUCUUAUAAAACUGUCCUAAGAAAUGUAUUUGAGAAACAUGUACUGGAACAUGGUGGGAAUAAUACAAGUUCUCAACCCAAUAGCUGCCAUCAUUGUAACGUGUCAUUUAAAAAUGGCAUAUCUUUAGAUGAUCAUAUUUUAAAAAAACACGAAGAAUUUAUAUCAGCGGUUAAUAGAAAAAUACAUAAAUGCGAGCAGUGUGCUUAUAAAACGGUUUUAAAAACCUUAUAUAAUGAGCACAUGCUCAAAAGUCAUCCGGAAAGCCUCGGAUCACUUUCGAUGCAGGUAUACGAAUGCCUGCGUUGUUCUUAUAAAACUUUUAAAAGAAACUCUUUUGAUUAUCAUUGUAUAUCGAGUCAUCCUCAAACUGAUUCAAGUAGUAAGAAGUGCCACGCAUGCGUCCAUUGUAAUAAAACGUUCAGAAGCAAGAGAGCGUUAGAAAAUCAUGUGCUGAAAAUACACCCAGAUUUUAUCUCGUUUGUAACUAAGCAAUGUACAAAAUGUGCAUUUAAAAGUGUGUCGAAAUACAACUUGGAGAAACAUAUGUUAACGCAUCACGAGACUAUUUCCAGUUCCAAACCCGUACUGUCGAGCGAUGUUUGCAAGUAACGACUCACUCAAUGAUCACAUAGCUAAAAAGCAUCCAAACGCUAAGUUCUAUUUCGAUAAACAUAUGUGUUAAGGCAGCUCCGACGCAGUGAGUUUCAAGCCAUUUACAAGUGUUCGAAACUGCCAUACCAUUUGUUUUCAAUAUUUUUGAAUGAAACUCAUACAGAUUCUUCAGAAGACAAUUGCCCAGGGUGCUGUCGGAGCACUUUUUGAAAUCUAGUUUUUGCACAAGAUUUAUGGAGGCUUGAAAUGAUAACUUUUUUGUUGAACUUGACGAUUUUUUUAAACAGAGCCUACUGAGAAAACUGAAAAUGUGGCUCGGUAGAAUCCUGCAGGAUUUUGUUUUCAGCACACUGUAAAAAUUUCAUUCAAAAAUGAGUCAGUUUUGAAGCGCGCAAUUCUCUACAAAUCGGAUUUUGUACGAAUUUUAUCUUCCGUUUCGUGCUGCCAGCCCAAGCGACGCCGCGAUAUAUACGGACUAAGAAAGGACGUAUUCAGAUAAUUUGGUGGCCCUAUUUCAUAUGAUAUCGUGUAUGUGUCAUUCUGCAAGUAGGUGUUCAUAAUCGCUAACGCUGAUGCGAAGUAAGUGUUCGUAACUAGUUACGUAAAUGUAACUUCUGAUCUUAUGUCCCGGUUGUCUCUCUGAUCUCUGAAUAAAUGAAAUCAAAGAUGGUCAGUAUACUCAGUAUAUUUCUUGGAGUUUUCCGCAAAUUAAAAGUUUUACUACUGUAUCGUUGAAAGUCUGUAUUUCUCGAUAUCACUUUUCUGCAUGUUUAUGGCAUUUUCCGCACGUUUCCGAUGAAGAGCUAAGUGAACCUUACUGUGUGAGACUUUAGAAUCACCAUUCGUAUAUUUUAUAAUAGUCACAGCGGAAACAGGUGUCUGAGUGUGGACGAUGAAAUCUUAGUUGAAUUCGCUAUUAAAAUAUAUCUGUAGUAUAAGAGAGCUUCACAGGAAUCUUGUUUUCGUCUUUGCAAGUGGUUUUGUAUAAAUCAUACAUAAUCUUAAUAUUUAAAUCUGAUGACAGGUAUUUCGUCUGUGAAUUUGCUUUUCUAGAAUAAUGGCUUGUAUAUCUGGCAAACCUUUUGAUAUGAUUUAUUACAAAAGUUCGUUGCUCAUUUCAUCCUCCUGUGAGUUUGUCCUUUUCCUCUUUUGUCUGGCCCAGCUACACCAAGGUGAUUUGGUUUUAGCACAUACAGAUGUAAAUCUUUUAGUUGAGAUAACACAUUUUUUUAGAAAAAAUUAUUUGCAAAGGCGCUUUUCUACUAAAAAUAUAUUUGUGCUUAAUUUUCUUUCGAUAGUGCUGUCAAUUUUUUUCCUAUUUACGUUGGGUUUUUUUUAGA